AUCUACUAUUUUGGAAGAUUUCUAAGUCAAAACUUCAUCACUUCAGGUUUUCUUUUUCUGGUUCUUGAUGGCGUCAACUGCAAGUCCGAUGGAAUCGAAUUGGAUAGUGGACACUUCCCUAGAUCUUAACACAUCGUAUCCGAAGAAGGAAAUUGUUCCAGAAAAUGAUAACUCUCGAGGAGGGCAAGAAGAAGAUCUGGUCGUUAAGCAUGAGGCUGGUGUACUGGUCGAGGAGUAUCACCGAAUUAGCCACGAGAACAGGAAGUUGACCGAAAUGCUGACCCAUAUGCAGGAGAGCUAUAAUGUUCUGUAUAACCAAUUGAUUGUCUUGCAAAAUACGAGUGCAUCAAGAAAGAGGAAGCAUGAAGCUAAUGUCACCACAGAAAGUUGCGGUUACGAUGAAGAUCAAAUCUUCAAGAAGCCAAGGGACAGCUUCAAACCCAAGAUCUCCAAAAUCCACUUCCAAACUGAUGCGUCUGACAUGAGCCUUGUAGUGAAGGAUGGUUGUCAAUGGAGGAAAUAUGGUCAAAAGGUCACAAGAGACAACCCAUGUCCAAGAGCUUACUUCAAAUGUUCCUUUGCCCCAGCUUGCCCUGUUAAGAAGAAGGUACAAAGAAGUGCUAGUGACCCAUCUAUCCUAGUGGCCACAUAUGAAGGCGAACACAACCACUCGAGCCCGUGUCGGUCGGCGAUUCCACUUGGUUCUGACAAACAGGGACUGAAUCUGGGCGCCCCUCCAUUUCCGUUGCCCUCGAAGUUGAGAUCUUCUAGUCCUAGGAGUACUCCUGAUUUGAUAAACCUGGGUUUUGACACACUACCCACAAAAAGGGGCCAAGAAACAGAAGAGGCGGUGGCAUGUCAACAGCUUUUGGUGCAGCAGAUGGCCUCUUCCCUGAAAAGAGAUCCCAAUUUCAUGGCAGCACUCGCGGCUGCGUUAUCGGGAAGGAUAUUCGAACAACCCCGGAUGGAGUAAUGGUGAAUGGACAGGGCAUUGUUGGAGUUGUCUAUUUAGCAUAAUUUACGUAUAGUUCGAGCCUUGAAUUUAACGGUCGGAUCAUGACGAUGGUCAGCAUAUAAGCUACUUUUGUGUAUUGGCUUAGAAAGCAAGUUGAUCUGCUCAUGAGCUUAGCUUGAGUUCGGCAAAUAAGCUAACUUAUACCCGAGAAGAUUGUUUAGAGGUUUAGUCGAAUUUGAGUAGCUUGCAUAUUAAACUUGUCUGGCGAUUUAACGAAGGGUUCACCUGUUUAUACUAUAUCUAUUUGAGUCGA